AUGAAGUCUGGACCAGUCCUUUCUCGCAAAGGAGUUAAGUAUCAAGAGCCAGAGUACUGGAAAUUUGGGGAUGAAGGGAACAAAUAUUUCAGGCAUGCCACGGGCCAAAUCUACGCAAUCUCCAAGGACUUGGCCACAUACAUUUCAAUCAACUCAGGAAUCUUGCACCGGUAUGCAAAUGAGGACGUGUCGUUGGGAGCAUGGUUGAUUGGAUUGGAAGUCCAACAUGUGGACGAUAACUCUAUGUGCUGUGGCACGCCUCCGGAUUGCGAGUUUAAAUCGGGUGUGGGCAACUUUUGUGUGGCGUCGUUCGACUGGGACUGCAGUGGUGUAUGCAAAUCGGUGGAGAGGAUGACAAAAGUGCAUAGUGCAUGUGGAGAGGGUGAUGAUGCCAUUUGGAAUCUUCAUCUCUAACUAAUCUAACCACCAUUAAAAUAUAGUUUGUACAAAUCUGAAUCUAAUACCAAAACAUCAUACUUUUACAUGGAAAUGCUGCAAUCACAAUAAAUUCUCC